AUGAGUAGAAUACCGACGAAUCGUUCUAUAGCACCACCGAGUAAAUCUGUUGUUCGCGAGCGGCGAACAUCAGCAAAUUCCACGACGAACAACACACCGUCAAAUAACCCAUUUAGACUUGCUGAUCGAGUGACUACUAGUGGCAAAUCAGGCAUCGUAGCGUACGUUGGUCGCACACAAUUUGCAGAUGGCGAGUGGAUUGGACUCAUUCUUGAUGAACCUCAUGGCAAAAACGAUGGCUCGUGCAAUGGCGUUCGCUACUUCGAAACUGAGAUGAAUCGUGGUCUCUUUUGCCGACCGGAUAAAGUUCAACAUCUACCAUCGAAUGGCGUUUCUCAUGAAGUUUCUUAUAAUCCAUCGAGAUUAUCAAUUAUGGAAUUUGAAGUAAACACACCAUCACGGGGCGCAAGGGCCAAUCAAUUAGAUCCAUCAUCGAUAAAAAACCUUGAACUUGGCGAUCGCGUCGUUAUUCGUGGCACAAAGUACGGCACACUGAGAUAUAUUGGAAAGAUUCAUAUCAAUGAAGGAAUUUGGUGCGGUAUCAAAUUAGACGGACCAUUGGGUAAACACAAUGGUAAAAUAGAAGGUGUACGGUAUUUUCGAUGUUCGCAUCGUUUCGGUAUCUUUGCUCCUUUACGACAUGUUGAAAAAGUGAUCGUCGAUCCUCGAACUCCACACGACGCUCAGAAUCGUUUGCGUGAUUCGAGUCCAGAUUCGAAUGCGUCUGAAUGUUCAUCAUCCCAAGCUAGCCAGAAUAAUUUCCAACCACGAUCACCCACACAUUCAAAAAUGCCGAAUUCAUUGAAAAACUUCUCCGCUCAAGAGCAAACGUCAACCAACGAAAUUGCUAUUCUGAUGGAGAAAAUCCGAGAAAAAGAUAGAUACAUUGAACAGCUACAACAAGAGAAUCGCAGAGAUCGUCUUGAAUUGUCACGAACAAUCGAAAAAAUGAAUGAAUUGGAAAUCAAUAUUCUCGCGUUGCAGCAACAAAACAAUAUGAAAGAUAACGAAAAUGAGUAUUUAAUCAAACAACAGGUGACAUUCAAUCAACGUCUAGAAGAUCUACAAUUUCAACUCGAAGAAUUUCAAUAUCCCGAUUGCGACCAAAACCAACAUCUUGUCUCAACAGACGAGCUGACCGCCCACGAAAGAACCAAAGCGCAAGUUGCUGAACUUCAAACCAUCAAUGCGGAUUUGCUACAUCAAAAUCAGAUCGUCCAAGAAGAAUUAAGACGACAUCAGGAACUUCUAGAAAAACAAAAGCUUACGGACAAAUUCAUUGAUGAGUUGAAGAAACAAAUCGAAGUUCUCAAAGGUCAAUUAGCUGAUCUACAAAUCAAAGAACAACAUACAACAUCGCAAUGGAUAACUAAUGAAGCAUCGUACAAACAACAAAUCAAAGAGUAUCAAUUGCGAAUCGAUCACAUUUGUAAAGAAUCACAGAACAUACAACUACGACUCGCAUCAUUAGAACAAGAAAAACAGACAAGUGACAAACGAGUCAAAGAUUUGCUCGAUGAGUUGAAGCAUCACAAAGAAAAUGUUGUACCUGGACUGGAGAAACAGUGUCAAACACUCCAAUUGGAAUUACAAAAUCGAGAAAGUGCGGCUAACACGACAAUGAGUGAACGAGAAAAACAUUAUGAACAUCAAAUCAAACAAUACCGACAAGCAAUAAACCAAAUGACAGAAGAAAACAAUCAAGUACGAGAUGAGUUAAGACAUAUCCAAGAAGAAAAUGCUUUGAAAGAUGAAAAAACUGAAGCAUUCAUCAGUGAAUUAAAACAAAACUAUGAACGAGUUCAACAUGAACUAAUCGAACUGAAUGAUCGCGAACAACAGGCUAGUCUGAUGCUCAACCAACGCGAAUCAUUUUUCGAACAACAAAUCAAAGAAUACGAAAACAACCUUAACCAAGCGACUCGUCAAACAGAGAGCAUUCAAAAUGAAUUUGCCAAGUUAGAAGAAGACAAAGCUGUGCAUGAACAAAAAUCCAACAGUGUUAUUUUCUCUUUGAAACAAGAUUAUGAAAAUCAAUUCGAUCAAUUAAAACUCGAAUUAAUUCAAUUGCAAGAGAAAGAUCGAACACAAAAUAUUAUCAUCAACGAACGUAUCGCUCAUUAUGAAAUCGAAAUCAAAGAGUAUCAAAUCAAAGCCGAUCAGGAUACACGUGAACUCGAACAGCUUCGAAAUCAAUUGUUCAACGUACAAGAAGACAAAGUUCAACAGGAUAAACAGUUCAAUGAGACUAUUGAGGCAUUGAAACAAGAAUUGCAACGACUUCAAAAUGAGUCGAAGACUCAAGAAGGCAAAAUCAAUCAAACGUUCGAAGACAAAGAAUUGAAAUAUCAACAAGAAAUCGACGAGCAUAAAAUUAACCUUAGACAAGCCGAUGAACGUAUCGAAAAUCUUCAAACUGAACUAACCAGUUUACAACAAAAUAAAAUCGCUGGUGAACAAAAGUUAAACGAUACAAUUGAAAGAUUAAGACAAGAUUAUGAAAACUUGAAAGCGGAUCUACGAAAUCAAAAUGAAACUGGAACCUUGGUAUUGAAUGAACGUGAAGUUCAAUACCAAUCGCAGAUGAACGAUUACGAACAUCAAGCGGAUCAACUUCGAGAUCAAAUACAAGAACUACAAAUGAAACUGACCGAACUAAAUGAAGAGAAGACGACUGGAGAAACUCAAUUGAACGAAACUAUCGAUGCACUUAAACAGGAGUAUGAAACACAACGUAAAGAACUUCAAAUGGAAUUGGAUGAACUCAAUGAAAGAGAACAAAAAGCACACAAGGAAGUUCACCAACGUGAAGCACAAAUCACUGAAUAUCAAGAUAAAUUAGAAGAAGUUCGAAUGAAAUUCGAAAGUCUCCAAAAUGAAUACAAACAAUUACAAAGGGAAAAGGUCGAAUUCAAUGAAACGAUCGAUAAAUUACAGCGUAAUCUGGCUUCAGCUCGAUCCGAACUAGAGAGUCAAGAUCACACGCAAAAUAUGGCAUUGAAUGAACGUGAAAUUCAUUAUCAAGCUCAGAUUAAGACUUACCAAGCCGAACAAGAGCAAUCUCUUCUACAAAUUCAAUCUCUUCAAACAGAACUAAGUAAAUUGCAGCAAGAGAAAGUCGUUACGGAAAACGAGUUAAAUAAGUCAAUCGAUGUCAUCAAACAAGAUGUAGAAAAACUUCGAAAUGAACUUGAAGAACGCGAGCGUCAGAAAGAAACAGCUCUGAAACAACGCGAAGCGGAAUAUAAAGAAAAAAUUGAAGAACAUCAAAAGAAUUUAGAACUUUCGACCGCUGAUCAUCGAAAUGUUCAGUGGGAAUUAGAAAAUUUGCGUCAAGAAAAGAGUGUAAACGAAAAAAAUCUGAACGAAAUGAUGUUUUCACUACAACAAGAUUAUGAGAAACAAAUCGACUUUCUUCAAACGCAAGUGACCGAUUUACAAAAACAACGCGAAACAAGUAACGAUACACUGACUCAGAAAGAUCAAGACCUACAUGAUUAUCAAACAAAAUUCAAUGAAUUAAAUGAACAGAUGCUUGAAUUGAAGCAACAGAAUGAAACGAAAACGAGUCAGAUAGAACAGUUACAAGUCGAACUCAAAGAAAGGGAACAAGUCACUACCGUUGCGCAAACACAGAAUGAAUUCGUUCAACAAGCAGAGACUUUAGCCGCUCUGAAUGAAAAACUCAACAAAGAAAUUACAGAUUUGAAACACGAGAAUGAAAUAUUAUCGAAGAGCGCAGAGAAGAAUGAUCAAUCAAAUGAGAAACAGGACACUGCUGAUCAGUUAACCAAACAAGUCGAUGAUCUACAAAAGAUGCAUUUCGAUCUCUUAGAGAAACAAGCGAAUAGAGAGCAAACAUUUGAAGAGGAGAAGAAAUGUUUGAACGAAAAAGUUGCUGAAUACCAAAUGACAAUCGCGCUGAUGAAAAGUGAAUUCAUGGUCGAAAUGGAAAAUGCAAAACUCGAUCAUGACCAGGAAAUACUUCGUUUAAAAACGCAACUCCAGCAAGUCACUGCUGCAUCAAAACCAAAAGGGAAAAAAUAA